UUCUCUACUUUGUCUGUACAUUUCUCAUUGAUAUAAAAAUGUGAUCAUUUAUCAAUUUUUUAAUCGUUUUCGUUUAAUAAAUAUAAAAUAUUAGACAGUAGUGUAAUUAGUAUCGCGAACAAACAGUAUUUCUUGUCAUUAGUGAAGUUUUAAAACGGAUGAGAGUAAAUUUGUGUUGUGAAGUCCAAAGAAGACUUUUGUAGGUUAUGUUAUUUUUACAAAUGUUUCAAAUUUAUAUUAUUGUACAGUGAUUGUACAAAUUUUACUUUUUUACUAUUAAUACCUUAAUACAUCAAUAAAAAAUGUAUAAUUUAAUUACCGGCUCAUUUUUACGUUAUUCGGUUCGUGAAAUUCAGAGACAAAAAUGUUCUUUGUCUGUAAAUGUUUAUAAAAAGAAUGUACCGGCUUUUAUCACGGACAAUUGUUAUUCACCACAACAAAUAACAAAUAAUCAUUUAUCAAUAGAUUCAGUUUCAAGUGACAACACUCAAAGUAAAAUAAUUAAUUUCAAUAAAUCUCAUUCGUAUCAUUGUCAAUCAGAAUUAAGAAGUGGAAUUCUAAAAAGUGGAUUAUUCAAAAAUUCUUUGAGGUUACCUCUAAAAUUGAAUGUCAGAUAUGAAUCGAGUGGACCUAUAGCGUUACCUCUAAAAUUGAAUGUCAGUUCGAGUGAAUUACCUGAUACGGAUACUUUAUCAGAAAUUGCAGAAGAAGUCAGUGAAAGUGGAUUUUUUGAUUAUGAUGUAGCUGUAAAUGCUAUAUUGAAAGAUUUAUCGGAAAGUCCAUUGGCAAAUGUUAGUCAAGAAUUUUUACAAAGUAUUCACAAUGUUUCCGGUUUACCAUGGUGGGGAACUAUAAUAUUAGCAACAAUCACAUUGAAAACUGUGGUUUAUUUGCCAUUUGCUGUACAGCAGCGACGAGCAAUAAUUUCAUUAGAGAAUGCACAAAAAUCUUUCAAUGAAAAUUUGGAACUUUUAAGACAAGAAAUAACAAUGUCAAUGAAAAAGUUAGGCUGGCCCGUGGAAUACUCUAAAACCAAAUAUAAGGAAAUGAUGAAAGAGGUAUGGAAGAGAGCAUUGAAGGAUGAAAAAACACAUCCAAUAAAAGCUAUCGCAUGUGUUUCAGUACAAUUUACAACUUGGUUAGCAAUGACCGUGGCACUUGGAAAUAUGUGCUGUGCUUAUUCAUUUAUAGAUCUCGCCAAUGUGCCUGUCUACUCUGAAUUGACAACCGGUGGAAUUGAAUGGUUAACGAAUCUUACAGUACCAGAUAGUUCUUUAUUAUUGCCCAUAGCUGUUGGUGCAAUAAAUCUAAGUAUUGUCGCAUUGUAUUACACGAAUUAUAAAAAUCCAACAAUUAUUCAAAAAUCUACAAGUGCUAUAUUUGGGCUGCUCUCUUUAGGAAGUCUACCACUGGCCAUGCAGUUACCAUCGGGAGUAGUCUUAUACUGGUUGGGAAGUUCUCUUUAUGGCUUGAUUUUCAAUCUAAUCUUGUUGACAUCUACUGGUCAAAAAGUAUUUAGAAUUCCAAAAUUAAAAACUCAAAGUGAAUUGAAGCAUGAGGCUAAGGACAAAUUUUCAGAACAUCAAGAAAAAUUACAUUCUAAUUUGAAUCAGAAAAAAUUGAAACAAAAAUAUAAGGAGAUUUAGAUAAACGAAAACGAAAUUAUCUACGGAAGUAAAGGUAAAUGUAAAUACAAUUAAACAACAAAAAUAAACGAAAAAUAUAAUUAGUUUCAUAAGUAU